AUGGCGAAUGAUUCAAGCUUUCUAACUCAGACGCUCCAGUCUAUCACCGUUACCAAGAAGCGCGAGCAGGACAAACGCAGAAAAGCCUUCGAAGCCGGCAAAGCCAGAUUACUGCAAGAUGUUGAUGCUUCCGACAAUCAGUCCGCUAAGCUCGAGGCCCUCCUCUCGGGAUUCAAAGACCUCUCUUUCAGCAACAAAGGCGUCUGGUAUUUCGACAAGGACCAGGAGAAAUCAGUCCAGAACAUGAACCGCUACUUGGAACAGUCGAAACACGAUCCUUCAGUAUCAACGGAUAUGCUCCAUCGUUUUGAGACGAAGAUACGUGAAAAGCUUAAUCAGGAGAGCGAGCGCUUCCAUUUUGCGAAUCUUUACUAUCGUCUUCUUACAGAGUGGACAUCCACCGACGGCAAGCCUAUUGCUGCAUCAGAAUGUAGCCAGGAAGAACUCGAUGGCUCGUUUGAGCAUGUCCAAAGGUACAGUCUGCAGAACCUCAAGGACAAAUUCAGUAGUGUUGUGUUCACUCCCUCGGAGACGGACGAGGUCGAGAUUGACAACUACCUCGGCUCAUUAUUCGACGACGAUCACGCCGAAAACAUCCUAGGUCGCCUGCGUGCGAACGUGGCACGCUUUGCUGUCGAGCUUAAGCAGCGUGCAAAUCCAUUUAAUCCAUCUAUCCUAAAGCAAUGCAUUCGAGCGCUGCUAACGAACGAUCUUCUCAACGAUGAUGCGAAGGCGACCUUGUCAGAUUUCUCGACAAACGGAGUGGUACUUGUCGAGAUUGCAGAUGUUUUGAACCUCCGGUUUUCUGAUCUGGACAACUGGUCAUGGGAGGCAGAUGAUGGAAUGUACUACGAGCCGCGAAAACAAGCCAAUGGAAAAUAUCGCAUCAUGUUGGAUCAAGAUAUCCUGCAGGCUAUCUUCUUGCAUUACAUUGCAGUGUCUUGGAGUGAACAUCUCAAACAACAAUUUACGAGUCUAGCGUACGACGACACGUUUUGGAAAACGGCAAACAAACCCUCACGAUUGGAAGAGUCGCGCCGAGCGUAUUUCACCAGCAAGUGCCAACGUUCGAAUCAGGGUGUCGCAGGUGCGCAAUUGGAAACCUUCCGUCAAACGUUCCUCCUCUCUGCUUUGCCCUCGUCGCUCGAACAUGGAUCUGAUCCCUAUGGAGGAGAUCCUGAGUCAAACGGUAAAGAGAAGAGCGGUUUGGCCAUUCGACAGCUUCUUCUUCAGCAAGUUGCGACAAAUGUCAUUAUCCAACGCGCGCUUCAUGGAAGCGUUGCCGUCGUUCAAUCCGAUUUGCAAUGGUAUGCGACUGGCCUUCCCCAUUCCACACUGUUUGCUGUGCUUCGCUUUUGGGGCAUUCCCGAGGGUUGGAUCUCGUUCUUCAAGAAGUUCGCCGAGGCACCCUUGCGAAUGGACCCAACUCCUGGUCAAAACGUGCGAACGCGAAAGCGGGGUAUACCCAUUACCGACGCCUUCGAGAAAUUGUUCGGCGAGAGUGUUUUGUGGUGCAUGGAUGUCGCUGUGAACCGUCUCUGCAGCACUACUCUGAUCCGUUUCCACGACGACCUCUGGCUGUGUGGUGAACCUUCGGUGUGUGCCAAUGCCUGGGAGACCAUUCAGGAUUUCGUCAAAACCCUCGGAUUGGAUAUCAACAUGAAGAAGACGGGAUCCGUGUAUAUUUCGGAUAGUAACAAGGACUUGAUUGUUGCCUCGAAGUUACCGAAGGGACCGGUUUGCAUGGGAAUGCUGCAGCUUUCGGAGUCAGCUGACUGGACAUUAGACCUGAAGCAGGUUUCCGCACAUGUACGUCAGCUCCAAAAACAACUUGGAGAAAGCCGAAGCAUUAUUGGAUGGGUCCAGAUCUGGAAUGCCUGUGUUGCCAAAUUCUUCAAGAAUGCGUUUGGUAAACCAGCCAAUUGUUUCGGACAAGGACAUGUUAUUGCCAUACUAGACACAUUUGCCGAGAUGCAGCGCGAUCUCUUCGAAGAGCAUAACGGCAGCGUUACCGAGUACUUGCGCGAACAAAUUCGCCAACGUUUCGAUGUGAAAGACAUACCGGACUCUUUCUUUUUUGCACUCGAAGAACUUGGAGGACUUGGUUUGCAGAGUCCAUUUGUCCCAUUCUACGUCCUCAAGGAUCAGUUGAUGAAGGACCCGUUGCACCGUAUUACGCAAUUCCUCAAAGCUGAGAAAGCGAAAUACAAGGACCUUCAGGAGUCAUUUGAGUUGCUCUCGGAAAUGGACCGACAACGUCGCUUCGAUUCCAGCUUUCACAGCUCGCGACAAACUGGCCUCCCAAACGAGCCGUUCUUCCCCUUUGAGGAGUACACUGCCCAUCGCGAGACAUAUUCCUACGAGCUGAAGCUUGCCUACGAGGAUCUGAUGCGCGAGCCCGUUGAAAACGACAUCCAGCUGUCCAACGAUGUCGCACCGUGGUUUGAAGAGCUUGGUCACUCACACAAGAUGGGUUGGAGCAGUCUACUCAGCGAGGACAAGUGGAUAAUGCACCUGUAUGCUGAGGAGCUGAAGCGUAGAUUUGGCGCGCUGAGCAUCGUGGACCGCAAUUUGUUGCCUAGUGGCGUGAUGCAGAUGCUAAAGAAGAAAAAGGUCGUCUGGCAGUUGAUUAUCUGGGACUAG